AUGUCCUACCAGAACUCACCAGCUCCCAACAGCGGGCUGUCAGCGCAGGAUAAUACAAACACCAGCUACAGUUCUAGUACCGUACCGAUGAUCACCCAAACGGACUCCAGGGACAAAUGGAGCAAAAAGAUGGAUUUUCUUUUAUCAGUAAUUGGAUUUGCCGUGGAUCUUGGAAAUGUUUGGAGGUUUCCCUACGUGUGUUACCAAAAUGGAGGGGGAGCUUUUCUUAUCCCCUACACAUUAAUGGCCAUUUUUGGAGGUGUGCCCCUUUUUUAUAUGGAGCUAGCACUGGGACAGUUUCAUAGGACUGGAGCCAUCUCUAUAUGGAAGCGCAUCUGCCCCAUUUUUAAAGGUAUUGGCUUUGCAAUCUGCAUUAUUAAUCUUUAUGUGGCCUUCUACUAUAACACCAUCAUCGCCUGGGCACUGUACUAUUUCUACUCUUCGUUUACCAGCACACUGCCCUGGACUAACUGUAAUAAUCUUUGGAACACUGAAAACUGUACUAAUUAUUUUGGACAAAGCAACAUAACAUGGACCAACUAUUCCAGGUCUCCUGCAGAGGAGUUUUACAUGAGGAAUGUGCUGGAGAUUUAUAUGUCAUCUGGUCUCUGCAGUGUUGGAGGGAUUCGCUGGCAGCUUCUACUUUGCCUGUUUCUUAUUUUCACCAUUGUCUAUUUUAGUCUUUGGAAAGGAGUGAAAACAUCAGGAAAGGUUGUCUGGGUGACAGCAACACUGCCAUAUGUUGUUCUCUUUAUUCUUCUAAUCCGUGGAGCUACAUUACCUGGUGCCUGGAGAGGAGUUGUAUUCUACCUUAAACCCAACUGGGAGAAGCUGCUUGAGACCACUGUAUGGGUGGAUGCAGCAGCACAGAUUUUCUUCUCACUGGGACCUGGCUUUGGUGUUCUUCUAGCGCUGUCCAGUUAUAACCCCUUUACAAAUAACUGCUACAGGGAUGCGAUUGUGACCAGUCUGGUGAACUGCCUGACAAGUUUCCUGUCUGGUUUUGUGAUAUUCACAGUACUGGGUUAUAUGGCAGAGAUGAGGAAUGUGGAGGUGGAGGAUGUAGCUAAAGACAAAGGUCCAAGUCUUCUCUUUAUCACCUACCCUGAAGCCAUUGCUAACAUGGUGGGGUCAACUUUCUUUGCCAUUAUAUUUUUCUUGAUGAUGAUCACACUUGGGCUUGACAGUACGUUUGGAGGUCUGGAAGCUGUUAUAACCGCUGUGAUGGAUGAAUAUCCACAUCACUUAUCCAAGAGGCGAGAGCUGUUUGUGCUGGUGCUGGUCAUAAUUUGCUUUCUAGGAGCUCUAAGCACUCUAACAAAUGGUGGUGCAUAUGUGGUGAAGCUGCUUGAAGAAUUUGGUGCUGGCUGUUCAAUCAUUGCUGUUGUCUUCUUAGAAGCAAUUGCUGUCUCAUGGUUCUAUGGCAUUCAGAGGUUCUGUAAUGACAUUAAAUCCAUGCUGGGCUUUGCCCCAGGAAUAUUCUGGAAAGUAUGCUGGGUUGCAAUCAGUCCAGCCUUUUUAGCAUAUAUCAUAAUAAGCUUCCUGCUAGACCAGCCACCCCUUGUACUUUUUGACUAUAAAUACCCUGAUUGGAGUAUCACAGUGGGAUAUAUUAUUGGUGCUUCCUCAUUCAUCUGGAUUCCUGUUUACAUGGUUUACAAACUGGUGUGGACACCUGGCUCCAUGAAACAGAGAUUGGCAGUAUGUGUGCGCCCACAGAGGACAAUACGUGAUCCACAGGCGGACUCACUCAACAUGACAACUGUCCCUUAGCCCUAUCUGCUUUCCCAAAGAGAGAUGACUGUGCUCUUUUACAGGACUCUACAACUUAGAAAUUUAAGUAUUUAAAAUUAAACAAAAUCUGUUUUUGAUUUUAAACUCUUAACUAAAAAAAUUAAUGUAACCUUCAGCUUUUUUUCUAAGAAAACUAUGUGCAAUGAUAUAUAUUUGGCGUGGCUCUCAGAAACUGGGAGCCUAGGCAACCACAGAGGCAGAAUUCAUCUCUGAAUAUAUCAAAUAUUAAAAUAGAAAAAAAGCAAAUAUAGGCCAAUCAAGUUGGCUUUUACUGUGCCAAAGUUGUGAACUGAAGUGUAUGUCUAAAAAUUGUGUAAGUGUUUAUACUAGGAAUGUCAUGUAUUUAUGAAGAUAAUACCAGAACAUACCGUCCCUAUUUUCAGAUGUGUAUACAAAAUUUUUCCUUUCAUUUAUUUAUACAAACAAGCUCAUACUUGUCUUUUUCCUUAAUAUUCAUUUCACCCUUUCUCCUGCUUUUACUGAGGCUGACCUUUUGGUAACAAUGCAGAUAUAAUGUAAACAAAAGAUGCAAAUAUUUUGUACCAUCCAGUACUAAAAAAUAUAUCCAAGCAAAUUUACUAAAUCUAUAGUUAGUAAAUGUGCUAUGCAUUAACUGAGUAAACCUUGCUAAUUUAAGGUCUGUUCUUUAAAAUAUAUAACCUUUUUAAAGAACUAGUUUAUUAUCUCAAUUGAAUUUCCAAAUUAGACACAACUACUUAAAGAUGCAGAAUGUAUAGUAUACUAGACUGGUAACAAUUUAAUAAACAUAUUUAUCAAACAUGUACAUAUAAAUGGAUUACAAAAUUAAUAAAUUCCAAGAAUACAUUAAACACCUGUUCAACCAUUGCAGUUAGUUUGUGCAACACAAAUAUUUUAUUUACAAUAACAUUUAUUCUAAAUUUUAUUUGUUUUCUUUGAUAACUAUCAAGAAGUGAAUUACAAUGUAUGUAAGAUGUUCUAAUGGAUGGACGAAACACAUCCUAAGCUGGGCAGUCUCCUGCUUUAAAAAUUUACUACCAACUUGAACUUAUGCUCCUUGUACCAUUGACCUUACAUACACAAAUAUUUAGGCAGAACUAUUAAUUUGUUUACUCUGCAAAAACUAAGUAUAGUAGUAUAAUAUACAGUACCAUUUAAACAGGUCAUGAGUUAAGUUAAAUAGGAAUGAUCACUGCAGGUAAUACUUUUUUUUACUGAUUAAUGUUUUAAAACAUAUGACUAACACCUUUAAUGUCAAAUUUUCUUUUCUACUUAAUUCUAACAUUACACAAAUGAAAGCAUCAACAUUUUUAACAAAUUAAUGUCACAUUUUUAUAUAAUCAUUAUAUAAAGAA